AUGACGUCGCCGCCUUGGAAAUCUCAAAUGAUCGAAAUCAAAUCACGUGAAGGAGUUGUAACAGAAGUUUUUGCACCACUUCUUAAGUUCAGAUGGCCAUUAUAUGCAAAAACACCAACGGCAGCGCUUAAAAAAUUAACAGUUUUACCAAAAAGCACUGUUCAAGCAAUUCUUGAACAUCUUUAUGCAAAUGUACCUGUUUCUAGAACUAAUCUUCCAGCGUUCAAAACUUGCAAAAUCGUUGACAAACUUCCCUUUGAGUCAUCAUACUACAAUGAUCUUAUUAAUUUACUCCACGAUACAGAAUCAUGUGAUUUUGAACUCAUUGCAGAGAAUGGAGAGAUGACAUUGCCAAUUCACAAAUAUAUUCUCGCAACACGUAGCUCGUAUUUCAGAAAUCUCUUCAAGGAAGAUCCAGGUGUCGAAAGUAUUACAAUGCAAAGAAUGAAUGGAGAUGCUUUGACUAUGUGGGCCAAAUAUAUCUACACAGGCGACUUUGAGACCACAACAGUUUCUGCAUUACCAGAGCUUAUAGGAUCAGGAUAUACAUAUGGACUUCGUGAUCCCGCUGAAAUCGAUUAUCUUGCAGUUUAUGCAUUACAGAGCUCAUUAAACUCCGAAAAUGUCGAAUCUGUUCGUGAAAAAGCAACAGAUUUGUGCUUACCAGAAAUUAUUGAACUUACAGAUUCAAUUCCUCUUGGAACAAUCUCUGAAUAA